AUGUCUCAAUUCCGCGCGAAGAGGCUGGACAUUGGCUGCUUCGUUAAUGUACGGAAUCUCCGAGAUCACAACAAGCGCAAGGUGUUUGCGCAAUUCGAGCCCGAACGACAAGCCCUCCGAUACAUCAUCCACAACACAACUCUCCCUCAACGAGUCCGCGCGCAAGCCCAACUCCAGCUAUCACAAAUGCACUGCUACACGAGGUUCACUCAGGUUAAGAACCGAUGUAUAAUGGGAGGAAAGGGAAGGGGUAUCAUGAGCGAUUUUAGGAUGGGACGGUUUCAAUUCCGUCUCAACGCGCUCUCUGGAAACAUACCUGGUGUGAGGAAAGCGAGCUGGUAGAUGUAGAAAUGCGACACUGAAGGUUAUGGCCUAAGUGCUAUGAACCUAUAUGAUUCUGGGGAUGCACUGCAUAGCUAGGCGUUCAUUGCUCGAGCUGUAAAUAUGAACUGUAAGAACACCAGGCAAUUGCUACAUCUAUCGUGACUCCUUGCUUUGCGGGAUUGCGAUUUAUCGCCUCGGCGCCCAUAGGUGAACUCC